AUGGCUAAAGGAGAGCAAGGGCCUAAUGAAAGGUGGCAAAAGGGAGCCCAGAAGAGAGUAGUUGACCCAUUUUCUAAGAAAGAUUGGCAUGAUGUGAAAGCACCAGCUAUGUUCAAUGUAAGAAAUAUUGGAAAAACACAAGUCGUGAGAGCUCAAGGAAGCAAAAUGGCAUCUGAUGGCCUCAAUGGUAAUGUUUUGGAGGUGAGCCUUGCUGAUCUGCAGAAUGCUGAAGUUACUUUCGAAAAAAAGAUAAUGCAUAUCAUGACCUGAGAGGUUCAAAUGACUUAAAAAAAAGUCAAUCAGCAUCCGACAGCAUCAAAAAGAGACAUAGGAAAAGCUUAUAAAUCUACUUAUCCACUCCAUGAUAUCUUUGCUAGAAAAGUAAAAAUGCUGAAGAAGCCCAGGUUUGAACUGGGAAAGCUUAUGGACCUUUCUGGUAGAGGUAGUAGUUCUGGAAAAGCGACUAGAGAUGAGACCAGUGCUAAAACUGAACAAGCUGAUGGGUCUGAGCCACAAGCCCAAGAAUCUGUGGGAAAUUCAGACAUUUAA